GUUUCUGCACAUCGCCUACUAAUUCAAUUUGACAUUUUAUAAAUGUAAAUUUGUUCCGGUUGUUUAUUUCUUCACAACGAUAGAAGUCCUUUAUUUAUUUGCUGUGUUAUUAUUGAGUAGGUUUUGUAGCGAAAUUCAUUUCGAUCAUUCAAACUGAGCUUAAAGAACGCACAGGAAUUAACUCACUCUUAACCAAAAACUCGAACUACUAAAUUUUUGUAUUUGCAUGGCGAACAAUGAAAUUAUAAAUUUCAAUAUGAUUAUUUCGGUUUCCGGUAGCUAUUUAUGGACGGUGUUGCAGAUUGAAUGAACUACUUAAUUCUGCUGUGCAAUCGUAAACCGACGAUGUUGUCGCGACGCAGCAAAGAAAAGGCGACCGCUCACAAGGAAGGCGUGGUUGGUAAGUAUGUGAAAAAGGAAACGCCGCCUGAAAUACCAGUGAUAAAUGUUUGGACUUUUGAUGAGCAACGAGCCAAGCAUAAUAAGAAAUCACUGCAGCGUUGUGCCAGCACAUCACCCAGCUGCGAGUUUACUGGGCGAAGCUCUGGAAAUUCUAGUCGCAAUACGUACUCGUGCGGCAACGAUACACAGUUCAAUUCACAACCGGAUUACUACCAUGCAAGACGAGCACAAUCUCAAUUGCCACCUACAACAGCAACUAUGCGAUCGGUAUCACAGACCCGUCAGCAGCGUUAUGGCGUUACCGGUUUUUACGCACCAACAACUGUAGCAGCAUCAACCACACAACAUCCCCAUUUUUACUCGAGCAAUAACCUGGAUGUUAGUAGCAAUGGUCACGGUCAUAAUACUGCUAGCAACAAUAGCAAUAGUAGCAACAGCAACUAUGUCAAUAUUGAGCAGAUAGAUCGUAUGCGUCGCCAGCAAUCGUCACCUUUGUUGCAGCCAAAUAAUUCGGCAUAUGAACAAUUUCAUCGUAGACACUCUGCCAACCAAAAGCAUAGCAACUCAUAUGAUGGUCGAAUACGCGGCUUUGCAAGUGCUGACACAAAUGUGGCAUCAAUGACUGAUGGUAUCGAUUCCUAUAGCAAUAUGCUGCAGUUGCCUCGCGGCACUACACCGACACCACCGCAACAUUAUCCAACAAAUGCCAGUUAUGUCGCCGGCGCGGACUCUUAUCCCAUCUAUGAAAAUCCGUUUAGGGUAUCUUCCAAUGCUUCCGGCAGUAUAAUCAACAACAACCAAACAAUGAAUAAUUUCGAUAGUCGCUCAACCCUGUCCAGUGCAGAUGUUCGCUCUGAGUCACCUAUUUACAGUAACACAACUUUGGCCGUUUCAAACAAUAACAUUCAAUCGUCUUAUGAUCUGACUGCUGGUAAAGCAGCUGCCGCCUCUGUACAAUCUCUGUAUCAUGCACCGUCAAGACAGCUUCACACUCAAUCUGCCGGCAAUACAAACAGUGCCCAGAAUGUUUUACAAAAAGUGCCAUCACAGCAGUCCCUGGAGGAAGAAUUGCCACUACCGCCAGGCUGGGCCAUGCAAUACACUCUUCAUGGACGAAAGUAUUAUAUUGACCACCACACACAUACAACCCACUGGUCCCACCCACUAGAAAGGGAAGGACUGCCAGUCGGUUGGCGACGUGUUGUCUCCAAGGUUCAUGGUACCUAUUAUGAAAAUCAAUAUACAGGGCAAUGCCAGCGACAGCAUCCCUGCCUUACCUCAUAUUAUGUAUAUACUACAUCAGCCGAGCCACCCAAGGCUAUAUGCCCUGAAAUACCAGUUCCUUACACACCGCCAGUGCAUACACACAACGCACUGGUACCAGCAAAUCCGUAUUUGUUAGAAGAGAUACCCAAGUGGCUGGCGGUAUAUUCAAAUGCUGAUUCAUCUAAAGACCAUAUGUUGCAAUUUAACAUGUUUAGUUUGCAAGAGCUUGAGUGCUUCGAUGGUAUGUUGGUGCGUCUGUUUAAACAAGAGCUUGGCACAAUUGUAGGUUUCUACGAACGUUACAGACGUGCUUUAAUUUUGGAAAAAAAUCGACGCGCCGAGCAGGAGCGUUAUUUACAAGAGUUACAUACACAAGCCACACACCAAUAACACUUCAUAUGAACCGUUAUAUAUUCUAUUGGAAAAUUGUGGGUGCUGUGUUAUAUUUCUAUAUAUUUUUUUCCCUAUUUAAUACUUGAUGCUUACGAAUAUAAAGAACAUCUUAUAUAAUUAGACUGUCUUGUUCUAACGAACUGUGAACUGUUUUCGUACUAUCAAAUGUUAUAUAACUCUUAAGUAAAAGUUUUAUGUUACUGAUUUUAACUGAUAUAUUAUUUAUGUUUAAUAUUUAAGUUAUUUCGAACGUUUUUGUGAUUGGUUUUAUUCUUGCUCUUUUGAUUUAAGUAUAUAUUCACAUUUUCUCAUUUCAACUUAUAUGACUUUUUGCAGAAAAAAUAUAUAUAUUUAUGCAUGUGU